ACGAAUGUUUUUAAAAAAUUUCUUAGCUGGAACGGGGUAUGUGAAGAAGGAGGAUGUCUGGGUGGGAAUAAAUCUACACACGUUGCCAACGUCGUCCACGACGCCGACGUCGCCAACGACGUCGUCCACGAUGCCCACGACGUCAACGCCGCCGCCAACGUCGCCAACUCGGGCCAAGGCUACAAAACCAAUAGGUAUGUUUUAA